AUGUCAGAAUCAAAACAAUUGAGUCAACCCGUCUCCUCUACGUUGUUAAACGAUAAGUGGGACGUUGUAUUGGCCAACACAGUGGUUAAAACCGGUCUCGGGUUCGGAGGCGGUGUUCUGUUAAGUGUUCUGUUUUUCAAAAGAAGAGCCUUCCCUGUGUGGUUGGGAAUUGGCUUUGGUUUGGGCCGUGGAUACUCUGAAGGUGAUGCUAUAUUUAGAUCUCCUGCUGGUUUACGUGAUGUCAAGGCAUAG